AUGACGACCCCCAGCCCGUCCUCGACGCUGCACCUGCCGCGCAUGCUGUGCCUGCACGGCGGCGGCACCAACGCGCGCAUCUUCCAGAUGCAGUGCCGCGUGCUGUCGCGCGCGCUCGAGCCGUACUUCCGGCUCGUCUACGCCGAGGCGCCGUACGCGUCGACGGCCGGCCCGGACGUGCUCUCGGUCUACGCCGACUACGGCCCCUUCAAGCGCUGGCUGCGCUGGCUGCCCGAGCACCCGGAGGUCGACGACGCAGCCGCCAUCGCCGACAUCGACCGCGCCCUGCGCGCCGCCAUGGACGCCGACGACCGCGCCGGCGCCCGCGGCCCCUGGCUCGGCCUGCUCGGCUUCAGCCAGGGCGCCAAGCUCGCCGCCAGCCUGCUCUUCCGCCAGCAGGCCCGCGCCGCCCAGCUCGGCCCCGCGCGCGCCGGCUCCGACUGGCGCUUCGCCGUCGUCAUCGCCGGCCGCGCCCCCAUCGUCUCCCUCGACCUCGACGUCUGCCGCUCCGCCCUGCUCAGCCGCCCCUCCCAGAUCACCGUGCCCCCCGCCGCCGGCGAGCCCGGCGGCCCCGACCUCAUGGAGCUCGCGAGCGGCAGCCACGUCCUGCGCCUGCCCACCAUCCACGUUCACGGCCUCCGCGACCCCGGCCACGCCCUGCACCGCGAGCUGUUCGAGGACUACUGCGACCCGACCACGGCGCGCCUCAUCGAGUGGGACGGCGACCACCGCAUCCCCCUCAAGACGUCCGACGUCCAGCCGCUGAUCGACGACAUCCUCGACGUCGCGAGGGCGACGGGGGCCCUCAAGUUUUGA